ACUACUAUUAUGAUAAUCGUAGUGACUCCAUAUUGGACGGAGGUCGGUGUGUUUUGACUCGACAUUUGGUAUCAGCUUAUCAAAUCCUUAUCGACAAUCAACGUCCGACCUGACUAUUCAGCAGCUGGUGAAAGUGUGGUGUCUCAGUCGACCCCGCUCAGCCAUGUCGCCGUUCCUAGCAGCAUGUGCGUGUGCCAUAUUUGCCCUUUCUGUCGCUUAUCCCGACUACCGAGACCUACCAGAAGAACUAAUCUACGAGUACCUGGCCUACCGCGACGCAUCAAAAGCCCAGCUGGAGUCUCAGGGCCCUGUGGUGAACCCCAAAUGGCCGUCUUCCUCCAUUGAGCUGGGUCAAGUCACUGGGGUGGAGGCUGGGAACGGAAGUGACGUGUUCCUGUUCCAUAGGGGCAGCAGGCGUUGGGAUAUGGAGUCGUUCCUUCCCAACAACACCUACGCCCAGCAGAACCAGGGGCCCAUCCCCGAGGACACCAUCGUGAUCAUCAACGGCAGGACCGGCAAGCAGGUGGCAGCCCAGGGAGCUAACAUGUUCUAUCUGCCACACGGCCUGACACUUGAUAACCAUGGCAACCUCUGGGUGACUGACGUCGCGCUCCACCAGGUCAUGAGAUUCCCAAAGGGUGCGAAGGAACCGGAUAUAGUCCUCGGCGUUAAGUUCCAGCCCGGAAGUGACUACACACAUUUCUGUAAGCCAACAGAUGUCGCCGUAGCCAGUAAUGGAGACUUCUUCGUCGCCGACGGUUACUGCAACAGCAGAAUCAUGAAAUAUUCCAAGGAAGGAAACCCCCUGAAGACUUGGGGCGAAAAGGCGAGCGGCAGUCUGGCGGACAUGGCCCUUCGGGUCCCCCACAGCCUGGCCCUGGUGGAGAAGGAGGACAUGAUCUGUGUGGCCGACAGAGAGGACGCUAGAGUCCAGUGUUUUAACGCCGGUUUGAAAGACACCACCAAGACUGGACAGUUUAUCAAGACGCUGUUCCCUCAAAACGCCAUCGGCAAAGUCUACGCCAUCACAUACGACCCUACAGGUGAUGUCAUCUAUGCCGUGGUGCACCCAGAGACGAACACAGACCACGCCCGUGGGUACACCAUCUCCCUGGACGGGAAGGGGCUGGAGGAGUGGUGGAUCGACAACACGCACCAGAGCUUGCCACACGACGUCUCCGUGUCCCAGGAUGGUAGCGACAUCUACGUGGGUGACAUCGCCAGGGACACAGCAGUCAAGCUGGAACGGUCGUAUCCAGUUGUGUCCAAGCCGUACAUGGGAUAGAUGACAAUAUUGGAGGUGUCGGGAUGGGAUGUGGGAUGGUGUCGGGAUGGGAUGUGGGAGGUGUCGGGAAUCCUGCAGUUGUAAGACCGGCGUGUAGAAAAGGCUUUGAGAAUAAUACACUGUGAAGAGGAAAGUGGCUGUAGACGGGUGUGGUAUUGGGGAGGGGAGGGUGGUAGCUGAAUGGGAGAGGGAGACAGGUGCAAUGCUUGAGAGGAGAGGAAAUAUCUAAAAUGACAAACUAUGGAAGCUGUUCAAGGUCAGUCAAAAUAUUAAUUUUCCCUUAAACUGAAUACAACCGUUUAAAUAGUAGCGAAUGGGAAUUGUGAUGUAUUAAGGAUAUGCUUCUAUAGUUUGUCAUAAUGAAGGAACGAUCUUCAGUAAAUUUAUUUUUGUUGUUAAAUUGAUAUUUUAUCUAAACACACGCUGUGAUUGUAGGUGUAGAUGAGCACUUAUAACACAUUCCCGACAGUAUGUGUCCUGUCGUUUGUUAACUGUUAUAGCACAUGGGAUUGUCAACAGCAGCCUCACUAUAAUACGUCACGAAAAUAACUUCAAAUGUCAGUAGACAGACGCACAUGCCACAUAUAAUAUAAAAGGAAGACGUAAUUAUCUUUUAUUAGGUCCCAUUGUAUGCAGGAUUCUAAAAUGAUAAAAAAAUGAUUCAAUUUGUAAAUGUUUUCAGGAGUUGGGUUUCCUGCAAAAAUGACACAUCAAAUUAGCACUAAGUGAAUUAGUUGUCCUGUCGUUGUGACCAAACUGAUUGAUGAUGCUACAACUGAACUGUGUUUGUCUUCGUGUGUAUCUAAUGUUGUGCUAUAUAUCUAUCACGUAAUGUCCUUUUCUCUUCUCAAACUAACAAAAUGCGCUUUAAUCGUUGCAAUAUUAUCAUGAAAUAUCGUCUAAUAUUAACACUGUACAAUAUGAUGCACCGGUUACCCAACACAUACAUUCUGGCCAUUUCCACAAAACACCCAAAAAUUACACAAUCUCUUAUCCACCACUUACAUACCACACUCGUACUUGUAUCACACAUGUACCCUGUAAGCUAUAUUCUUUCACACAUUCAUCUUAAUUCCAGCAUUGUCAUGAAAAAUUAACACUAACAUUUCGACAUUAUACCAAAGCUCUUCUAUAUUAACAUACUCACAAUAGCCAAUUCUAUUUCCAACACUCGCAACCUGAUAAGCUUUUCCUAACACCUAUCCCACCUUAGCCAAAAUCAAAACUUCAGCUCCAAUGGUAACAGUUGAUACAUGUGUAUACACCACAACUACUACUUAACAGCGCGGUUUUCCAGUAGUAUAUACAAUUCAGGCUGCUACAUUGUAUCCACAAGUAACAUUUGAUCGUAACUAUAGACCAUUUCAUCAUGUUCAGCACGUUAAUAUCAUGUGGCCGUGAGAUACAUGCGCUUCUACAUGUCACGUUUAUUUAUGUUGAAAUACUGUUCAAAUAAUCUCAUGUUGAUGUUGCUGCUGUCCUGUCAAAGUGACUAGAAGCAUUUUCUAAAUGGACCUUUCCUUGGUGUCACAGCUGUUGAAGAUAUAUCCUGAUUAAGUUGCGCUCUCAGGGAUAGUAUGAGAAAGGCAUCUUCUCAAAAAUAUUUAACAUUUGACAAUUUCAACAGUUCAAGGCCAAUAAAUCGCAACAUUAUAACAACUUCCAAUGAAUCUGUAGAUAUUUAUCACGUCUAUUUUUGUUGUUAAAUAAAUAUAUGAAAUAAAGUCAAAUUUAAGUUG